CUAUUUAUUCUUAUUUGUUCUGAAUUUACUAUUAUAGAGGAAGAGCUUUCAUAAACAUAUGAUAAAUAUAAAUUCAGACUUUGCUCCUAAUUAAGGCCAACAGGAACAAAGCCAUAAUAAUCCCAUGAAUUUCUAACUUAAUGAGGUCAAAAUUUCAAGUGGGUAUAUAUAAACUAUCUCUACUUAAAGGUUCUUCAUCAUUCAUUCCAACCAUCUAUAAACAAAAAUACAGAGAAUAACGGAUAUUAAAAGACCUAGUUUAUAAUACUUGGUUUAUUUCUUUUUGCCCUAUAUCAUUUCAUUCAUUUGCAUCAUAAGAUUCCUCAAUUCCCAGUUAUUCUUUGUUAGCAGACAUAUAUAUGAUCUUUGAAGGAGUUGUGUAUUCAAAUGGCAUCAACAUCUUGUGUGAGUAACAUGCCAUUACCCGCCACUACUAUGACUUGGAACUCUCACCAAAAUCCUGCACCACUUGCAAAGUAUGAGGAGGUUACAACGAAUCCCAAGCUUUUCAUGAGUACUCUAGAGAAGCUCCAUGCUGAUAUGGGAACCAAGUUCAUGAUACCCAUUAUUGGAGGAAAAGAACUGGAUCUGUUUCACCUCUUCAUUGAAGUGACUUCUCGAGGAGGGAUUGAGAAGAUUAUCAAAGAGAGAAGAUGGAAAGAAGUAACUCAAACUUUCAACUUUCCAUCAACAGCUACAAAUGCUUCUUUUGUGUUGCGCAAGUACUACUCUUCACUACUUUACCACUAUGAACAAAUUUACUACUUUAGAGCCGCAACUGGAUGGAACCCUACUUUAACUGCUUCUUCUACUGCUGAUGUUGUGCAAAGAGCACAAUUUUCACAGCCUUGUCUUGGCUUCCAACAUUCAAGGGUUGAUGCUACUGCCGAAUCAUCUCAAGGAUCUGCAGCAGUAGUUGGAGUGAUCGAUGCAAAAUUUGAAAGUGGAUAUCUGAUUACAGUUUCAAUAGGUUCAGAGGUGCUGAAAGGUGUACUUUAUCAGGAUCCACAUCCACAUCCACAUCCACAGGGAGCAUUUCAGAGUGUUAUGGCCAAGAACACCAACAAUAAUUGUAAUUCUUCAUUGGGUGUUGUCCACCGUCGUCGUCGUAGGAAGAAAUCAGAGAUCAAAAGGAGGGAUCCUGCUCAUCCAAAACCUAACAGAAGUGGCUACAAUUUCUUCUUUGCUGAGCAACAUGCAAGACUAAAACCACUACACCAAGCCAAGGACAGAGAGAUUAGUAGGAUCAUUGGUGAACUUUGGAACAAGUUAAAAGAUCCCGAAAGAUUAGUAUAUCAAGAGAAGGCUUUAAAGGAUAAAGAGAGGUACAAAGCAGAAAUGGAAGAUUAUCGCCAGAAACGCAACAAUAAUAAUAAUGCUGCUAUGCUGCCAUUGCAACAACAGCUUCCGGAAAUGGAUGAGAACGAGGAAGGCUCUCUUCAAAGUCAAACUCCUGAAGAGGAGAGCACUUCUGGUGGUAGCGAAAAUGAGAAUGAUAUUAACAUGGAUGCUUCUCUUCCUCUUCCUCCUGUUACUACUACUACACUGCCUCCUCAACCUACAUUUUUUAGUUUAGACAAACCAUCCAUGGAAGGAGAUUAUAACCUUGGACAUCAAAAUAUCCAUGACUCAAAAAAUAUGUUGACAAUGCUUUAGCGCACCGAACACAUUUUGUUUUCUACU